AUGACCAGUCUAACUGAUGUGGAUUUAGUACGGUGUAUUGUUAUCGGCGAUGAAAAAUCCGGUAAAGAACUGAUGAUGAUGAAAUACGCUUCGUUUACCGGAGUACGGUAUAACGCCGAACGUAAAGAGAUUGUUACCGCUUUCAACGGCAGUGAGUGUGUUAUUGUUGAUUCGCCUCGGAUCAUCGACACUGACGCCGACGAACCCCAUGUCUUCCUUCUUUGCGUUUCAGUGGCCAGCAGGACGAGUCUAGAAGAGGCUGUGACAAUGGUUUGUAGCAUUUUUGAGGAUUUCCCUCUAAUAGUUCCGUUCGUUCUAAUCGGAACCCAAAUCGACAAACGGCUAUCAAUGUGUGUUGAGAAUUAUGGAUCUGGAGAGACGAAAUACCUUCCGGUGCCACUAAACCAAGCUGAAUCGUUUGCGAAACGAAUUGGAGCUAGCGAAUACCUAGAAUGUUCUGAAGUUACCGGAGUAGGGCUUGAUGAUGUGUUUGAGAGCGCUUUUGAAAUCGGUCACAACUAUGCGCUGGAACGAAUACGAGGUCUUCGUCGAAAAAUUUCACAUCCACGGUAG